AGGGUUCAUGCUGAUCUCCAGCAUGGUGUAUCCAAGGCUCCCUGGAGGCUUCCACAUGGCAGUUAUGAUGGUGCUGCUGAUGGUGCUGAGUCUUCCUUUGGCUUUGACCAGGGACUUUCAACCACGUUUCCUGUUACAAGCGAAGAGCGAGUGUCAUUUCUUCAACGGGACACAGCGAUUGGUCUUUAUGGAGAGACGCAUCCACAACCAGGAAGAGUACCUGCGCUUUGACAGCAGCCUCAGGAAGUUCAUAGCCUUGACUGAGCUGGGGCAGCCCGAGGCUGAGACCUGGAACAAAAAGGCCAGCCUGGAGGAGAUGGCGGCGGAGGUGGACAGGUUCUGCAGACACAACUACGAGGUUGCGGAGGCCUUCACGGUGCAGCGCAGAGAGCCCCAAUCUGGAUCUGUGCAGGGCAAGAUGAUGAGUGGCGUUGGGGGCUUUGUGCUGGGGCUGCUCUUCCUGGGUGCAGGGCUGUUUGUCUACUUCAGGAAUUCAUAAGGACACUCUGGAAUUUAGCCAGCAGGUAAUGUUCUCU